AUGGAUCUUAGUCAUAACCAACUUUCGGGCUCCAUUCCAUCCUCCAUCUUCAACAUAUACAAUAUGAAAAGAAUGGAUCUCACUGAUAACAUGCUUUCUGGUCCGAUGCCUUCCAUUAUUUCCUACACGUCAUCACUGCAGUAUUUAUCAUUGACAAAUAAUUCUUUCAGUGGAAGUUUACCUUCAGAAAUUGGAAAUUUAAUCAUGCUCUCAGAUUUAUAUCUUUCCGGCAACAACUUUGAAGGAAGAAUACCUUCGGAAAUCGGCAACUUAUCCAUGCUUACUGAGUUGCACCUUAGCUAUAACUACUUUGAAGGUACUAUCCCAUUCACUUUGUUUAAGUGCAAGCAAUUGCAAAUUUUAUCGUUGGCGGUUAAUAAAUUCACCGGAAUUAUACCUUCAGAAAUUGGAAACUUAACCAUACUCACAGAGUUAUAUCUUUUUGACAACAAGUUUGGAGGGACUAUCCCAUCCACUUUGUUCAAGUGCAAAAAAUUGCAAGUUUUAUGGUUCUCAGAUAAUGAAUUCACAGGAGAAGUACCUCAAAAAAUUGGAAACUUAACCAUGCUCAAAGAGCUACAAAUUGACAACAACGCCUUUGGAGGGGAUAUCCCAUCCACUUUGUUCAAGUGCAAACAAUUGCAAGUUUUAUGGUUGUCAGAUAAUGAAUUCACGGGAGAAGUACCUCAAAAAAUUGGAAACUUAACCAUGCUCAAAGUGUUAUUCCUUUACAACAACACCAUUGGAGGGACACUACCUCUGGAAAUUGGGAACUUAACCAUGCUUACCGAGUUAGACCUUAGCUAUAACAACUUUGAAGGUACUAUCCCAUCCACUUUGUUUACAUGCAAUCAACUGCAACAUUUAUGGUUGUUGCUAAAUAGAUUCACAGGAGUAGUACCUGUGGAAAUUGGAAACUUAAGCAUGCUCACAUCCUUACACCUUGGACAAAAUAACUUUGAAGGUACGCUUAGUCAUGAUUUAGUUGAUUGGUUAUAUGGAUGACAUCAUUCAUAUAGGAUAUGUGCCUUUUAUUUCCU